GUCAAAUUUGGUUAGCUCUCUUGUGCUCAGUUUGUCAAAUUACCCAAGACGUUCUACAGGCUAAGGUUUCACCUACCAGACACAAAAAUCACAAAGUGAAUCUAAGAGUGUUGUCGGAGGAAGACAAAACAGGUUUCAGCUUUCAACGGAUCCCACGGACAUGGCAACUGCAUCACAGAUUGUCGAGAAACUGAAACUGAAUCCCCACCAAGAAGGUGGGUUUUAUUUUGAAACUUUCAGAGACAUAUCCAUUGCCCUGCCCUUGUGCCAGCUUCCCCCAGAUUACAAGGUUGAGCGCCCCGUGAGUUCUUCGAUCUACUUCUUGCUACCUUCCGGGGAUGUGUCACGCCUUCAUCGUAUACCAAUGGCUGAAACCUGGCAUUUUUAUCUCGGAGAACCUAUUACGAUAGUGGAGUUGGAUGACAAAGAUGGGCAAUUCAAAUUCACCUGCCUUGGACCCAAUUUGAUUGGAGAGGAUCAGCAACCCCAGUACACGGUGCCUCCAAAUAUAUGGUUUGGUUCAUUUCCAACAAAGGACUAUAGCAUUUCACCAGAUGGGGCAUUGCUCAAAGCUGCUCCAAGGGAUGCUGAGACUCACUACUCUCUUGUGGGAUGCACUUGUGCACCUGCCUUUCAGUUCCAGGACUUUGAGCUGGCAAAGCGAUCGGAGCUUGUUUCUCGCUUUCCUAAAUUCGAGCCUCUUAUAUCAUUGCUUACAUUCCCUGAGAAAGCAUAAGCCUUUGCUGCAGUAGUCUUAUAUAGUUAUGUUAGCUCAACGUUCAUCCUGAGUUUUUACAUGUUUAUGGAUUCGAAUUUUUCAGAUCAUGUACUUAUAUGAAAGGCUUGUUAAGAAUUCGCAUUUGAUGAUCCAAUCUACCAUGCGAAAGUUCUUGUAUUAGGAACUAAAUAAUGAAAGAAUAAGAUUUCCCUUGA